GAUUGGUCCGUUAGCCUCCGUGCCCUAACGUGACGUAAGGAGGAGCGGUGCUGGCGAGGCUACCGAGUACGGAUUCAGCGUGAGAGCGCUCCGAGCGGGAGAGGCAGACGGACACUGGACGUGGCUGGUGGACCUUAUACUGACUGUCACAUUCCAGGAAAUGGGAAACCAUAUUGUGUCUGACCGUAACAACAAGAAGAUGCCACUUGGUGACGAGUGCCAUGACUGGAAAAAGAAGACCACAGAUGUGAAGGAGAAGUAUGACUUCAAAGAGAUCCUGGGAACGGGAGCUUUCUCUGAGGUGGUCCUGGCCGAGGAGAAGAGGACGCAGAAGCUAGUGGCUGUCAAGUGUAUCCCCAAGAAGGCAUUAGAGGGCAAGGAAAACAGCAUUGAAAAUGAGAUUGCGGUCUUACACAAGAUUAAACAUGCCAACAUUGUAUCUCUGGAAGAGAUAUUUGAGAGUAAAUCACACCUCUACCUUGUCAUGCAACUUGUGUCUGGUGGGGAACUCUUCGAUCGUAUCAUAGAGAAAGGCUUCUACACAGAGAAAGAUGCCAGUAAGCUCAUUCAGCAGAUUCUGGAUGCUGUCAAAUACCUCCAUGACAUGGGGAUCGUGCACCGUGACCUCAAGCCAGAGAAUCUGCUGUACUACAGCAUGGAUGAAGACUCCAAAAUCAUGAUCAGUGACUUUGGUCUGUCUAAAAUCGAGGACUCUGGCAGUGUGAUGUCGACAGCCUGCGGAACGCCUGGAUAUGUUGCCCCUGAAGUGUUGGCCCAGAAACCCUACAGUAAAGCAGUGGACUGCUGGUCUAUUGGUGUAAUAGCCUAUAUUCUGUUGUGUGGUUACCCUCCGUUCUAUGAUGAGAAUGAUGCCAAACUGUUUGAGCAGAUCCUGAAGUCUGAAUAUGAGUUUGAUUCUCCUUACUGGGAUGAUAUCUCGGAUUCAGCUAAAGACUUUAUAGUCCACCUGAUGGAGAAAGACCCCAACAUACGUUACACCUGUGAGCAGGCACUGCAGCACCCUUGGAUCGCUGGGGACACUGCCCUGGAUAAGAACAUCCAUGAGUCUGUUAGCGCCCAGAUCAAGAAGAAUUUUGCUAAGAGCAAGUGGAAGCAAGCAUUCAAUGCCACAGCAGUGGUUCGUCACAUGAGGCGUCUUCAGCUAGGCACCAGCCACGAGGGACCUCUGCUGAUGCCAGAGGAAGCUGCAGAGGCUUGUUGUGAGGGAGGGUGCUCCCAGAAUGUUGACAGCGGGGCAGACCCUAGGCCCAGCUGCACCUACUGUUGCCACCCGACCAGCAGGGUGUGACCCUGCCCCUGCUCCACUUACCUGUCUAAUCAAUCCUAGUGACUUUCCAAUUUUAACCCCCUUGGUGGAAUCAGAGGCACCAUCUCCCCGCCUCCUCUGGUUAGGAAUACAAUAUCAUUCCAGCCUCUCACCUGCAGGGGGAGCAAGUCUGUCCAGCCUGAGAAGGAAGACAUAAAAUAAGAUUAAAAGCAGGAGGAGGGAGACUUGAUGACAAGGAUGAUGAUGAUGCAUCAGAGCGGAUCACUUUUUCAGUCUGAGCUGGCAGUUUGGGAUCAGUUGAGAUGGGGGAGAGGAUAUAAAAGAAAGAGGGGAACAUAACGUCCUCCAGCAGUAUGUCAGGGGGACUGUGUGUUGAAGCAGGACAGAGCUUGUUGGACAUUGUUUUCAUGAUUUUUGAUUUGUCCUGUCUCUUUGUGUGUUUUAUUGCUUAUUGUUUUAUAUAUUGUUGUCUUUUUCUCCUCCUGUUGUUAGACUUGGGAGUCUAAAUCCAGAACCAAGAUCUGCAUGAUCAGGAGAAAAUUUUCCCCAUGCAUGUUUUGUUAUCUUUAAAAUUGACCUUCUAGCAGAAAUGCAGCAUAGAAGUACAACACAAAUGACGGAGUGUCACGUACAAAGCUUGUCCAUAUGGAAAAGCGUGGAGCUUUUUGACAUGUUGAAAUGAAACUGAAUCUGAUCUUUUAAUUUGACAGACCUACAUUCUAUGUCUUUAAAUUAUGCUUUUAGACAAUCAGUGACAGAAUUUUUUAUGCAAUGAAAGCUGCAUUUGUCUACUAUGUAGCCUUUCUUAUGGCGAUAUAGUGUUCCCAUGCAGUAGUAAGGCUUUUCCCUUCUCUUUUUCAGCCCUCAAACCCCUUUAACCACUCGAACACAGGGAUAUAUCUUUGUCUAAGGUGCCUUUAGGAUAGACAGUAUGAUGGGUUUAUUUUUGGGUAACCUCUGGAAUGUUUAUUGUCUUUUCUCUGCAGCUCAAAUUAUUUUGUAUGUAUCACAUUUUCAGCUUUAAAGUGCAGUUUUAUGCUUUUUGUCUGUACUGUAAUACUGGAAAUUUCAGAAGAGAGUCCUAUAUGAACAUGAAAUCAGUACACCAAUAAUAUUGUUAAAACAUUUAUGGAGAGCUUCAGCAGGUGCUUCAUUUAUUAAAAAAACCUACAGAUAACCUUUUCAGAAAUAGUUUCUAGUGUCAUGUUAGCUCACUAAAUGACACAUAUUAAAGAAGUGUGUUUAUGUAACAAGUUAUAACAAGUCCUACUGUAUAUUGUGCAAAAAAAACUUUAAUUUGCAAAUUGAAAAAAGCAGUGAUGAGUGUACCUAGCCACCCUACUAGGACUUAGUAGGUUGUGAGAAUGCAAAAAAAAC